UUCGUGGCUCGGAAACUUAUGAUGCCAUAUGGGACACGUCCGAGUACGGAAUAAUUUAUGAUAGCUUUCUUAAAACGAUGCUGGGAUUCCAGUUGGUGAAGCGUGCGUAUAAACGAGGAUUGAUUGCAUCCUCUCGCUCUGUUGCGCGCGUGUUCGUACACGCAGCAGAUUGUUUAAAACGAAGGCACGAUGAUUACGGGGCCCGAUCGACUCUUGGAACGUGCGAAACGAUUAUUUAAAUGUCGCGUACACAAGUUCAGACUUCGAUUAUCGACCUGCUUCGGGGGGGCACUAUGCAGACCGAGGAAGUCGUGCCUCGUGCACAAUCUACUGGGAUAGACAGUGGCCCCACAGACAGCACCACUCUGCAGCAUCAUCUGCAUCAUUCGUCGCACAUAAAGUGUCCGUUGCCACCUCUGCUCCACAUGGCGGUCAAACAGGAGCCACAGGAGGAGGAGGAGCGAAGUCGUGACACGAAUGCGUUGAGUCCACAAGUAGAUGCAGACACGUCACUGACGUCUGUUGACGGCAAACAUGGCCACGGACACGAAACGGAUUCGACUCAGGAGCUGGAGGAAAAUUCAGGGCAGACGGUUUCAGAUCUCACCAAUAGAGGAAGACCAAGUCGUGGUCGCAGAAAGUCGCGAUGGAAGUUGAAGUUCCACCACCAGGCGUUGCCUCCGGAGUACCUGGACCACUACGAGGCGUCGUUAGCCCAGGAAGCUUUAAACGCAUCCCCGACGCACGUUGUGGAGCCCACGAUCCCAAGUCCAGCUCCGACCAACUCGACCUCGAUCCCGAGUCCCAUAGCCGACGUGCAUGGUUGGUUGCAGCGGAUCGCCGCGAUGCAACAGGAGCUGUGUCCCCAGAUUCCGUCCCCGCAGUGUCCCCAAGGCAACUCGAAUCAGCCAUCGGGCUCCAGGAGGUCCGUGAUCACCUCCACCUCGUCCCACGCGUUCAACGCGACCCACAACCACAAUCAGCAGCAGUCACAGACAUCCGGCAGGCCACCGAUGAAAUACUCGGACUUGCCAUACAUGGGCGAGAUCACGCUGGACAACAGCAAACCCAGAAGAGGCAGGAAACCGAAGAAAGCGGACAUUUGCCAUCUGAUUUACAAGAACUACGGCACCAUACUUCCUGGGACACCUGGCCACGAGGAGAAGAGGCUGUCCCCCAGGGACAAGCUCGACUGUCGCGAGAGAAUUUCGCCUCAGAUACCGUUCCAGAGAACGGACGUCCAGAACAGGAUCAGCAGCCUGUUGGAGAAGAGACUGACCCAGGAGUCCCGUCGGACGUUCGGGCUGCUGGAGAACUCGAAGGAGCAGGACGAGCCUUUGAAUCUCUGCAUCAGAGACCUGAACCAGUUGAAGAUCAGGCUGCUGCGAAAACACGGUAAUGUGUACGAGUCGGGGCAGGUGAAGAGCGACACCUCCAGCGACGGUGAAGAGGUGGAGUGUAUAGGUACGACGUACCCUUCAGAGUCGGCCUACCACUCGUUGGACCCCCUCGGUCGCAACAGCAAUAACGUGAAUCACAAUAACAACAUUAUCGACCCAAUGUUGAGCGCUAAUCCCGGAUUCGUCUAUUGGCCGAAUGCUGGAGUGUUCAUUCACCCGAUGGCGCUGCAGUCGCAGCUGCUCUACUACCAGAAGAUGGCUCAGAACAAGUGUUAUCCCAGGACGAUAGACCAAGCUCCAAAGGAGCAAAAGAUCGUUCCUAAGUCCAUCUACUCGAUGCUGGAGACGAAGAGUCCUCCUCUGGUCACUCCAUCGACCCAGCCGGCACCACAAACGGUUCCUGUACCGCCUCCUGUUUCGCCCAGACCCAAAAGGAACGCGCCUAUUGGCCAGUCUCAGGGCCAGCCGACGAAACGAAAACGUUCCGCCAUAUUCAUACCCCCGAUGCCCACGGAGAACAACAACAACCCCGCGACGGAGGUGAGCAUAUGCAAGUUCAAGUUCACCGGAGGAGCGAAACCGAGUCUUCAGGAGAAGAAGAGUCUGUCGGUGGACUCUGGUGGCAACUUCAGGUACUACAGCGGCACCGGUGACAAAAGCAUGAGAGGUUACGAGUUCUUCCCCAGGGAAGCUUUACAGCAGUCCGCCGGGCAGUCCGGCUCGUCGACCGGGGCGUUUCUGAAUGCAGCCGGCGAGCGGAUCCAGUCGACACCCUGUCAGAGGAGCAGCAACCAAGAAGAGGGUCGUCGUAAGAGGAAGACGAGGAAGUCUCUACAAAGGGAGAAACUCGAGCAGACGUUCAAGGAGAAGGGUUUCCUCAUCCAAACGCAACAGCUGGAGUCCGCCGAAGGAGCCACCUACUGCAAGUUCCGGCAACUCCGAAAGUUCACCAGGUAUCUGUUCAGAAGCUGGAAGGACUAUCUUCCGGGUAAUGUGCGGGAGCUGACGGGUACCACGGACGCUGGGGUCGACCCUGACGCUGAUGUCGAAAGCGACACCAACGUGUUACCCUCGCCGGUGCCUCAUCCUAACAUGGUCGACGUGUCCACCGGGUUCGUCGACGAACACCGAGCUCUACCGCUCACGUUACCCCCGAUGCCCACGGAGAACAACAACAACCCCGCGACGGAGGUGAGCAUAUGCAAGUUCAAGUUCACCGGAGGAGCGAAACCGAGUCUUCAGGAGAAGAAGAGUCUGUCGGUGGACUCUGGUGGCAACUUCAGGUACUACAGCGGCACCGGUGACAAAAGCAUGAGAGGUUACGAGUUCUUCCCCAGGGAAGCUUUACAGCAGUCCGCCGGGCAGUCCGGCUCGUCGACCGGGGCGUUUCUGAAUGCAGCCGGCGAGCGGAUCCAGUCGACACCCUGUCAGAGGAGCAGCAACCAAGAAGAGGGUCGUCGUAAGAGGAAGACGAGGAAGUCUCUACAAAGGGAGAAACUCGAGCAGACGUUCAAGGAGAAGGGUUUCCUCAUCCAAACGCAACAGCUGGAGUCCGCCGAAGGAGCCACCUACUGCAAGUUCCGGCAACUCCGAAAGUUCACCAGGUAUCUGUUCAGAAGCUGGAAGGACUAUCUUCCGGGUAAUGUGCGGGAGCUGACGGGUACCACGGACGCUGGGGUCGACCCUGACGCUGAUGUCGAAAGCGACACCAACGUGUUACCCUCGCCGGUGCCUCAUCCUAACAUGGUCGACGUGUCCACCGGGUUCGUCGACGAACACCGAGCUCUACCGCUCACGUGAAACCUGCAAAUUGCUCCCCGAGGCGAUCGGUCGACUUUAACUUGACGUUGCUGUUGAUGGCUUCGUGCGCUGGCUAUGGGGAGGAUUCGAGAAUGUACGUAGUCAGGUUGAGAGGUGGUUUAACUCUGGGCUAGGAUUACUAGGGAUACGCAGACGUCUUUUUAGUAUGUGAUCUCUGGAAGAAUACUGAAAGCUACACAUGUGUGUUUGUUAAGAUUGAUCAUGUUUUGUCCACGAUUGGUCACAUGUAUCAUUUGGAAGAGGAAUUGAAUUCCUGGAGAAUUAUUUAUUUACUAAAAAGUUAGGUUUUUGGCUGUUAGAGGUCUCUGUCUAGAGCUCAUCUUGUGCAUGUGUGCAUAUGAAGGUUGCACAUGGUUUGUCAACUCGGUUAGGUAUUAAAUGGCUAAAAGUAGAGAUGAUUCAUAUCUUACAUUUUAUAUUCAGCUAAUUAUUAUGCAACAACCAGUCCAUUCAUUAUCAUAUUUAACCACAACUUCGGUUUGAAAAUUAGCAAUAUAUUGACGAAAGUGUGUUAAACGUGAUGGAAACUUUUGCGUAUCCCUAAUAUUUCUAUUCCUGGUCAAGAAUCAACGACGGUUUGGUUAUGCGAGGAUCAUAAGGAAUUUAUAAAAUAUAUCAUAUGCGUUUAUAGUCCACUUGAAUCGUGGACUGCAUAUAUGUGUUCAUAGUAUAAAGAAGAAAGUAUGGUCGGAAGACUUGUGGACCAUACAUGGUUUAUCUGACGACUGAUAUCGCGAUUUUAUGGGGUUCGAAAUUCUGUAAAUGAUAUUACCCGUCUGACGCAUGGAUCUUAUCGCGUUGGAAGAUGUGAUUUAGAAUGAUUUACGACGGACAAUGAUCGAUUGAAAUUCUGUGAGUUUAAAAAAUAAAGAAAGCUAUUUAACUGGAAUUCUAAAAAUCAGGGUGAAAGGUUGAAGCAAUCUGAUAUUUUUGUAAUGAAAUUUUUUAAUCGCGUACAAUGGAUCUGCGUAAAAAUCCAAAGGUGGCAGUGUAACUGCAAAACUAUUAAAUGGUUAACAAUCGAAGGCGAAAGACAAUCGCGUAACUUUCACUAUACAUUCGUGAAAUAAAUAGGUGACCAUUAAUGUCAUAACAGCUAAAUAUCAGCGUGUCACAUAGCAUGUAAAGUGCGCCCACGUGAAUCACGUGUACAGGGUGCUCGCUAAAACGUUUAUUAGGUUGGCAAUUAAAUUUGCAAUUUUUUGCAUAUCUUGGUUGAACGUCUUCAAGGUUGCUGCCAUAUACGUUUCUCUUACAGAAGUAUUUAGGAAUGGGAAUGGCCAUAUAAGGGGACGUUGUCUUUCAUUUUUAGUUGUAACGUAUUUUACAAAUGUUAAGACGAUUAUGUUAGGUAGUUUUGAAAUUUAUUUUGAGUAUUUAAGAACUGUCAAUUUGAAAUGAGGGAAAUUUAGAGUAAUGUGAUUGUUAAUUACUGUGUAAUUGUAAUAUAAAUUAUGGUAUGUAUUACAGUGUAAGUUAUUAUAAAAAUUGCAAUAUAAGUUGCAGUAGA